ACGCGCCUCUGCGUCAGCACGCGUCGUUUAAAUGCGCGGAGUGAAGACGCCCACGGAAAACACGACCAGACUCCGUGCUCCGGCCCGGUUUGCUGUAUCGGAGCAGACACCAGACGCUCAGGGAAAGACUCUCCUAACGUUUCGACCAUAAGUUCGCGCGUCUUAACGAUCUGUUUGAGAAUACAGAACAACAAGAACAAGGGGAAUAACGUUACUGUCGAUCGUUGUUUGAACCUAGUAAAGUAUUUACAGCCCGGAUUUGAAGAAUCAAAGGAACCAGAAGAUCAGAUUCACUCCAGCGCUCGGAGAAUUCAGAAGUCCCGGUGUGAUCGAUCGACAAACCCGGCCUUUUAAACCACUCGCUGCCUUCGGAGAUGGGGCUUCUGUUCGCCAAACUGAUGACUGUGUUCGGAGACAGAGAACACAAAGUAAUUAUUGUCGGUUUGGACAAUGCCGGGAAGACCACCAUCCUCUACCAGUUUUUAACUAAAGAAGCCGUGCAGACUUCUCCCACAAUUGGCAGCAACGUUGAGGAAAUUGCUGUAAAGAAAACACGCUUCCUCGUCUGGGACAUUGGUGGUCAGGAGAGUCUCAGAGCUACCUGGAACUCGUAUUACUGUAAUACAGAGAUUGUCAUCCUGGUGGUUGACAGCACUGAUCGAGAACGCCUUACUGUAACUAAAGAGGAGCUUCAUCGCAUGCUUUCACACGAGGAUCUGCAGAACGCAUCUGUGCUGGUUUUGGCGAAUAAGCAGGACAUGAAGGACAGCAUGUCUGCUGCAGAGAUCUCUCAGAGUCUGACUCUCAGCUCGCUCAACGCUCGCUCCUGGCAUGUCCAGGCCUGCUGCGCACUCACUGGAGAAGGCUUACCAGCCAGUUUGGAUUGGAUGCGCUCCCGUGUUGUGGCGAAUUAGUCCAGCAACGGUGCUUCUUAAACCUCUGGAACUGCUAAAAGAGAGAUCAGGCCUACUUAAGACUUUCAUCCAGCUCUCGGUGCCUCUGUCUGAAUAAUCUUCAAAUACUGAAUCCUGGAGGAACACGCUUCAUCCACUGACUCUGGAUACCAGAACGAGCCUGGAGACUCUGUGUGUGUGUGUGUGAGUGAGUGAGUGAGAGAGAGAGAGAAUGUGUGUGUCUGUAUAAACGUUUGUGUUUGUACAUUAUGCGACUCCGUUCUAGAGGUCCACAUGUUUACAUUUACAUUACUGACUUUUGAAAUGAUCUGACCUGAUCAUGAUGUGUUGUCGCCACUGUAUUCACCUCCGGCUGUGCUGACGGCUCCGCUUCUCACGUGGAGUUAUUGUCUACAGGCAUCCAUCUCAAAGGGGUGGUGGGGGGUGAUGGUUCACAUGACUGUACUGAUUCAUGAUGAGCCACUAAGCUAUUGAACAAGCAUUACUUGAAGUAUUUAAAGGGAAUUGAUUCGUGUAUGUUCUAGAGAUGCGAGCAUGCAGAAGGGACAAGUGUUCAAGUAUUUUAUUUUUGAAAGUAUACUGGAUAUUCAUAGUAUGUUUUCAUAUGUAAUUUUGUACAAAAAGUUUUGUACAAAUAAAAAUCUACUAAAAACA